AUGAUAGAAUCAUUCCUCGAUAUCAAGGUAAGACUCCAUUCUUGCAGGAAAACCGUCUCUAACAGCCUUAUAGAAAGCAAUACGAGCGAUCUGCUCUCGCUACAAUGGCCAUCUCCGCCGCGAAAUAUCCUCCUAAUCAAGAAAGAUGGCGCACCGAAAGUCACAGAAUCUCUCGUGGAGUAUGCCAGGCAUAUCCAUUCCAACUACAGCAAUGUCUCCCUCAUUUUCGAGCCUAAAGUCGCGGCACAGAUGCACAAGCACUUUACAUUCCCAAUCUACACUCCCAGUACAUCUCGCGCCCUUCCAAAAAAAGUGGACAUGACCACUACGCUCGGUGGAGAUGGCACAAUUUUACACGCGUCAUCCCUCUUCAGCACCACACUGCAUGUGCCCCCUAUUCUGUCUUUUAGCAUGGGCACACUUGGCUUCCUUGGAGAGUGGAAGUUCGAAGAAUAUAAACGCGCUUUUAGAGAAGUUUACAUGUCUGGGGCAGGAGCUGGUCCCCCGUUACUGCAGGAUCAGAAACAUCCCCAUGUUCAGUCGGAGUUGUAUGAGACGGGAGAUGUAGUCACCGGAUGGUCAAGCGUUAGGGGGAAAUCAAUGGGCGCAACCCGCAGCUCGAAAGUUCUUUUACGGAACAGAUUAAAAGUCGGGGUUUAUGAUGCCGAUGGGAGGCGUGUCAUUGGAGAUAACACGGCGGAAAGCGCUGACGUCGAUGUCCGCGCUAUGAAUGAGGUUACCAUUCAUCGUGGAAAAGAAGCCCAUAUGGCCAUCAUUGACGUUUUUGUUGGUGGUCGCUUUUUGACGGAAGCUGUAGCCGACGGAAUGAUCAUCUCUACGCCGACUGGGAGCACAGCAUAUAGCUUGAGCUCAGGAGGGAGCAUCGUCCAUCCAUUGGUCAACAGCCUGUUAUUGACCCCUAUUUGUGCGAGGAGUCUGUCAUUCAGACCGCUGGUAUUGCCUGCAAACACGCCGAUUACCCUAAGGUUGAGCCCGAAGAACCGAGGAAGGGAAUUGGAAGUUAGCAUCGACGGCAGAAGACGUAGUCAUGGCGUCGGCGUUGGAAUGGAGGUCCGCAUCAACGGAGAAGAUCUUGCGAAAGGCUCAGAGUGGGUUGGUGGUGUUCCUUGUGUCAUGAGGGGAGCCUCAUCCGGAAGGGAAGAUGACGACGGUUGGGUUGGGGGUUUAAAUGGAUUGUUGAAGUUCAACUAUCCAUUUGGGGAGGAAUGA